AUGGCAGUGAAGAUUGACCUACGGAAGGCCUAUGACUCCGUUGACUGUGUCUUUCUCAGAAGAGUCUUGGAGAGUGCUGAUUUCCUUGACCAUGUUAUGGAGUGGAUAUACACUUGUGUGUCCACGGCUAGUUUCUCAAUGAUGGCGAAUGGCUCUCAAGAGGGAUUCUUUAAAGCUUCGCGUGGCCUGUAUCAAGGGGACCCUUUCUCUCCGUACUUUUUUCUAUUAGUUCUUCAGGUUUUAUCUGAUCAUUUAGAUGGAGCUGCAUCAGAAGGCCUCCUCUAUCUCCAUCCAAGAUGCAAGUCCCCUAAGAUUACUCAUCUCGCUUUUGCUGAUGACCUCUUUAUAUUCCUUGUUGUUGACCCUAUCUUUGCCUUCAACCUCUAG